AUGAGAAAUUCAAACAAGAAUGCAGCUGUUUUGUUGCUUAUCUUGCUGUUUCUCAGCAGCUCUACCUCAACCUGCAAUGCGCAUCUUUCUUCCCAGUUUUACGACCACACGUGUCCGAAUGCAGUCAGCACCAUUCGGAGUGUUAUCCGAACAGCAGUUUCACGCGAACGUCGGAUGGCGGCGUCUCUUGUUCGUCUCCAUUUCCAUGAUUGUUUUGUUCAGAUGACGGUGGCUGCACGUGAUGCAUCUGUUGCUGUGGGUGGCCCAUCUUGGUGUGUGAAGCUCGGAAGAAGAGAUUCCACAACCGCAAGCUUAACUCUAGCCCAAACAGAACUUCCACUUGCCACUGAUGACCUUCAGACACUUCUUUCUAACUUUGCUCGCAAAGGCCUUACUGCAGAAGAUAUGGUCGCUUUAUCAGGUGCCCACACUUUAGGGCAAGCUCAAUGCAUCACAUUUAAAGACCGGAUAUACAACGAUGGGAGUGAUAUUGAUGCUGGAUUUGCUAGCACUCGCCAGCGCCGUUGUCCAGCUACGGGCGGCGAUCAAAACUUGGCAGCACUUGACUUGGUGACUCCAAAUUCUUUUGACAAUAACUACUUCAAGAAUUUAAUUCAAAAGAAGGGUCUCCUUGCCUCAGAUCAAAUCCUCUUUAGUGGAGGGUCGACAGACAGCGUUGUUUCCAAAUAUAGUAGAAGCUCUGCCACUUUCAAGUCUGAUUUUGCAUCCGCCAUGAUUAAAAUGAGUGAAAUUGAUCUUCUCACUGGUUCAGCUGGGCAGAUAAGAAGGAUUUGUAGUGCUGUUAACUAGU